UCAUCAUCGCUGCAGUACUUGAAUUUGCGCUAUACAUCACUUUCGGAUCGUGCGAUACCAGUACUAGCGCGAACAUUACGCUCCCAACCAUCGCUGACGAUUCUACACCUGGAAAACGUUUCUCUGGCCGGACGAAACCUGAUUCUAGUUGGCUGUGCACUGAAGACGAAUACGGUGCUCCGCGAACUUUAUUUGGGUGAUAAUAAUCUACAAGCUGCUGACGGCGCACAUAUCUAUCAACUGAUAAUUUCAAAUGUUUCUAUACAGCUGCUUGAUUUAAGAAACAAUCAGUUGCAGGAUGGCGGCCUUCGUCAUAUUUGUGAUGCGUUAAAACAUCGCGAUACGACCAAACACAGUGCAUUAUCAGCAUUGGUAUUAUGGAAUAACCGUAUAACAAGUGCUGGAUUGGAAGCCUUGGCACAGGCACUGGUUGGUUAA